GACAAUACCUCUAUUUAUGCUCAAAAAUAUUUGUAAACGAAGUGUUUUCAAGAAGAUGUAACGAAAAAACUAUUCAGAUCUCAGAUUUUCGAGAAAUUUAUAAAAUCUUGCAACCGCUGUUAUUAAAGAUAAUGUCCAUAAAAACAGAAGAAGAAUCUGACAAAGUUAAAAUGUUCUUCUUUUCUAUGGCCGUUAUCGUGAAAUUUUCCAGGUUAAAAAAUAUAUAAAAUGAGGUUAGAAAGGGAUUAGUAAACGUCACUGUCAAAAUCUUUUUGCUCGUGUUGAAGUGAACGGUGCAACCCUGACCAUGGCUGAUGAAAUAAAAAAUGUAAUAGAAAAUGGGGGCGAUGCGCCCCCGAAAUCGGCCAAGCAGCUAGCCAAAGAAGCCGCCAAGCAGGCCAAAUUAGACAAAUUAAAACAGAAAUUGGAGAAACAGCAAAACACGGCGCCGAAAAAAGAUAAAGAAGAGAAGAAAGAAAAGAAGAAAGAGGUAAAAGAAGCUGCCUUGUAUGAUGUACCCACAGAAGAAGGUGAGAAAAAAGACACGUUAGCCCCACUGCCUGAUUCAUACAGUCCUAAGUAUGUUGAAGCAGCUUGGUACAGUUGGUGGGAGAAGCAGAAAUUUUUCAAACCUGAAUAUGGAAAAAAAUCUGUGCUGGAAGAAAAUCCAAAAGGAAAAUUUGUAAUUGUCAUUCCACCACCAAAUGUAACUGGAUCUCUUCAUUUAGGGCAUGCCCUCACCAAUGCUAUUCAAGAUUCUAUCACUAGAUGGCAUCGGAUGAGAGGGGAGACGACCCUGUGGAAUCCUGGUUGUGACCAUGCUGGUAUAGCCACUCAAGUGGUAGUAGAAAAAAAAUUGUGGAGGGAGGAGAAAAAAACGCGACACGAUAUCGGUAGAGAUAAUUUUGUCCAAAAAGUAUGGAAAUGGAAGGAUGAAAAAGGGGUAAGAAUCUAUCACCAGCUGAAAAAGAUGGGUUCUUCUUAUGAUUGGGAGAGAGCAGCUUUUACUAUGGAACCCAAACUGUGCAAAGCCGUAACUGAGGCUUUUGUCAGGCUCCACGAUGACGGCACAAUUUACAGAUCUAACAGACUGGUCAACUGGUCUUGUUCUUUGAAAUCGGCCAUUUCGGAUAUAGAGGUAGAUAAAGUGGAAUUACCAGGUCGUACGUUGCUUUCCGUGCCAGGUUAUGAGGAGAAAGUGGAAUUCGGAGUGCUGGUACACUUUGCUUAUCAAGUAGAAGGGUCUGAUGAGAAGUUGAUCGUCGCCACAACCCGUGUGGAGACCAUGUUAGGGGAUACAGCUGUGGCUGUACACCCUGAUGAUGAUAGAUACACUCAUUUGCAUGGAAAGUACGUUAUCCAUCCUUUCUGCAACAGAAAGCUGCCGAUCGUUGUAGACGAUUUCGUAGAACUAGGAUUCGGUACUGGGGCGGUAAAAAUAACACCAGCACACGAUCCUAAUGAUUACGAAGUAGGAAAAAGGCACAAUUUACCGUUUAUUACAAUUUUCGACGAUGAAGGCAUCAUCGUAGGCGAAUACGGAAAAUUUACGGGCAUGAAACGCUUCCAUGCAAGGAAAGAGAUCGUCGAAGAACUGGAACGAAAAGGUUUAUACAUAGAGACCAAGAACAAUCAGAUGGUGGUACCGAUUUGUAGCAGAAGCAAAGAUAUAGUGGAACCUAUGCUUAAACCACAAUGGUACGUAAAUUGCGGAGAAAUGGCCCAAAACGCCGUCAAAGCCGUAAACGAUGGCGAGUUGAAAAUCGUUCCGGAGAUGCACGUGAAAACUUGGCAUCACUGGAUGGAAGGCAUCAGGGAUUGGUGUAUAUCGAGACAGUUGUGGUGGGGGCACAGGAUACCCGCCUAUUUUGUAAGGGUUAAAAGUAGACCAGAACGUAAACUAUUGCCGGGUAGCGAAGACAGCGAUUUUUGGGUAUCGGGGCGGACGCGCGAAGAAGCGCUUCAAAAGGCGAUGAAAAAAUUCAACACUACUGCCGAAGAUUUGGAAUUGUCGCAAGACGAAGACGUUUUGGACACUUGGUUCUCGUCGGCUUUGUUCCCAUUCUCGAUCUUCGGAUGGCCGGAUCAAACUGACGAUCUUAAAGCGUUUUAUCCGACUUCCUUAUUAGAAACGGGUCACGAUAUUUUGUUCUUUUGGGUGGCCAGGAUGGUGUUCAUGGGGCAGAAGCUGUUAGGGAAAUUGCCUUUCAGAGAGAUUUACUUGCAUCCGAUUGUUCGCGACGCACACGGAAGAAAAAUGAGCAAAUCGCUAGGCAACGUAAUCGACCCGAUGGAUGUAAUAACCGGCAUCACUCUAGACAACCUCCACAAGCAACUGUAUGACAGCAAUUUGGAUCCUAAAGAGAUAGAAAAGGCGAAAGAGGGUCAGAAACAGGAUUAUCCAGAUGGAAUACCUGAAUGCGGUACUGACGCUCUACGGUUCGCGCUUUGCGCCAUGUGCUAUGGAAGAGAUAUCAAUUUGGAUAUAUUACGUGUACAGGGUUAUAGGUUUUUCUGUAAUAAAAUCUGGAACGCCACCAAAUUUGCUCUCACAUAUUUCGCUUCCAAUUUCGAAGCUCCGAUUGAUAAUAAAUUAAUAGGGAAUGAAAGUCUGAUGGAUCUUUGGAUGUUAAGUAGAUUGGCGACUGCCAUUACUGAUGUAAAUAGAGGAUUUACUAGUUACGACUUUUCAACAGCAACUACUGCACUUUAUAACGUUUGGCAGUAUGAACUCUGUGAUGUUUAUUUGGAAAUUCUCAAGCCAGUUUUCGCUAGUGAUGAUGAUGAAGCCAAAAAAACAGCCCAAAUCACUCUGUACAGAGCCCUGGACGUAGGCCUUCGUCUACUAUCUCCCUUCAUGCCCUUCAUUACUGAAGAGCUGUACCAAAGACUGCCCAGGCCCAAGCAACAAAUCCAACAAACUCCCAGCAUUUGCGUAGCCUCGUAUCCCAACGAGAAGGAACACAGAUGGAAGAAUGAAGAUAUUGAAGAUGAAGUCGAUUUCGUACAGAGGGUGGCUAAAAGUAUCAGAUCUGCUAGGAGCGAUUACAAUAUUCCUAAUAAGACGAAAACUGAAGUAUAUAUUCAGUGUAAUGACGAAAUGACAUCAGAAAUAAUGGCGAAUUACAGUUCAGCCGUGCAAACUUUGGCUUAUUGUUCUAAAUCUCCUGUGAAUGAACAACCUCCUGAUGGUUGUACCAUUUUAACUGUAUCUGAUAAAUGUCAAGUCAAUUUGUUACUCAAGGGUCUAAUUGAGCCUCCUAAAGAAAUAGCCAAGAUCCAAAAGAAGCUAGAUUUUCUGCAAAGCAUUAGGGAAAGGUUAAACAAAAGCAUUGAAGCAUCUGAUUACGAGACAAAAGUUCCCGUGGAAGUGAGACAGUCGAACGAGGAGAAAUUAAGCCAAACCAGUGCAGAGAUUUCUAGAUUGGAGGCCGCGCUCAGCUCAUUAAGAUUAAUGUAAUCGAUCGAUUUUUAUACCGUUUUUAUACCUAGACUAGCUUGUUGCAAUGCCUUUUUAAUUUAUUAUUUCACUUUAUUUAUUAUGCGGUGUUAACAAAAUAACUCAUUUGUAGCAAAUAGUUAAUGCCCCCGGUCAAUAUAAUAGUCUUGUACUUAUAACUAGGCAACUUGUAUUGCGUUAGAGUAGUAAACGCAUAUUCUAGAAGAUUGGGUAGAAAAUAUGGGAAUAAUUUUAUUAUCGAGAAAAAUAUCAGGAAUGUUAUUUUUUUAUUACAAAAUACCCUUUCCUGGUAUUGUAUACUUACAAUAAUUUUAAUUUAUUUUUGACAUGUACUCUCCAGAGUUAGGCCAAUAUAUUUUGUUGGAUCCGAGUAUCGUUUAAAUCUGCUGUUCAACCUUAUGACAUCCAACAAUAUGAUGAAACCAAAAUGUUUCUAUUGGCUGAUUAUUUAAAAAAAAUGCAGGUAUGGCGGGAUUCUUUUCACGAAACUUUUAACUAUUUGUCUGACGUCGGAGAAAUUGAAUAAUUUUAAUCAGAUAAUCAUGUACUUUUUUUACCUAAAAUAGAGAAUGUUGUAAACAAUGGUAUAACAAAGCAAACAGUAUUAAGUCUUUUUUGUCUAAAAUUAAAAAGAAAAGACCAAAUCAAUUUUAACUAGUGAUGGGAAGAAUCGGAUACUUUCAAGAAUCGAGUACUUCACGGAAUCGGGUAUUUUAUUGAAUACCGAGUACUGAGUACUUGCAUCAACCGAGUAUAAUGACGAUCACCGACACCGAUUCAAAUUUCAGCGAUUCCAGUGUCUCGAAUCCGAUUCCAUAUUUUAAUUAUUCUGUUUCAGUCGGUAGUGUCAGCACGUAGUGAGCAGCGCUACAAGACGGAUCGCGAUUUGCAGCAGUAUCGUCUAAUAUUUAAAAAUCAGAAUCGAUUCCGACGCUGGUCGUCAGUAUUCGAAUACUACCGAUUCCUUUAGGAAUCGGGUAUUAUCCGAUUUCUGUACUCGAGUACUCCCAUCACUAAUUUUAACAUCAAAAUUAUUUAUCGAAGAAAAUCACAAGAGGUGUAGCAUAAUUUAUCUCUGGAAAUAAGUUAACUGAUAAAGAAACAUAUUUAAUAAUGGCGAU